AUGUCUCAAUCUCUGCGACCCUACCUCCAAUGCUGCCGGUCAUCUCUCACCGCCGCCCUUGCGAUCUCCAACUUCGCUUCGCAGACCUCCGAGCGUCACAAUGUUCCUGAAAUCGAAGCCAAGUCCUCUCCUGAGCUGAUCCUCAACCCUAUCACCAUCAGCCGCAAUGAACAUGAGAAGCUGUACAUCGAGCCUUCCGUCAACUCAGUCAGAAUAAGCUUGAGCAUCAAGCAAGCGGACGAAAUUGAGAAAGUGCUGGUCCACAAGUUCACCCGUUUCCUUCAACAGCGAGCCGAGUCAUUCUUCAUCCUCCGAAGGAAGCCCGUAAAGGGAUACGAUAUCAGCUUUUUGGUUACGAACUAUCACACAGAGCAUCUCCUUAAGCACCAACUUGUCGAGUUUAUUAUCACCUUUAUGGAAGAAGUGGACAAGGAAGUGUCUGAAAUGAAGUUGUUUUUGAAUGCACGUGCACGAUUUGUGGCCGAAUCUUUCUUGACUCCGUUUGAUUAA